AUGUCGUCGCCCAUGCUCCCUGACGUAGAUCUGACGUCAUCACACACGUCACGGAGACGCCGCGCGGCCGCGCGCGUGCCCCUCAGCUCCCGGCGCCGCCGAGUUCCCGCCGCGGCGCGCGCGGAUGACGUCAGUGCCGGCACCGGGCCGGCCGCGUGUUUCCCGGAAACUUCCGGUUCCGGGACGCGGAGCGGCCCCGCCAUGGACGAUCUGAUUCUCAACGUGGACUUCGCCGCCCCCGAGCGCCGCCCGAAGAAGGAGCCAGGGAGCCGAAAGCACCAGAGCUUCGUGCGGCGGCGGCGGGAGCUGGAGCGCCGCGGGGUCCUGCGGCAGAAGCAGCUCCCGGGGGCACCGGGCGGGCUCCGGCGAGCCCGGACACGGCGCUCGGGCCGGCGCAUCCCUAAAGAGAACGGCACUGCCGCCGCUCCCCGGUGCCCUCCGGUAUCCCAGAACCCCACCGGCACCAAGGGGAAAGCUCAGGGGGCGGCUGGCAGUGCCCCCCCGGCAGCCCAGAACGGCCCCGGUGCUCCCGCUCGGGGCGCGGGGAAGGCGCGGGGGGCGGCUGGCAGUGCCCCCCCGGCGCCCCCCAAGCUGGUGGCCAUAGACUGUGAGAUGGUGGGCACGGGGCCCGGCGGGCGCACCAGCGCGCUGGCCCGCUGCAGCAUUGUCACCUACGAGGGGGACGUGGUGUACGACCGCUACGUGCGGCCCGAGGAGCCCAUCGUGGACUACCGCACCCGCUGGAGCGGCAUCCGCCGGCAGCACAUGGCCACGGCCGUGCCCUUCCGCAGGGCACAGCAGCAGGUUCUGAAGAUCCUGGCUGGGAAGGUGGUGGUGGGCCACGCCAUCCACAACGACUUCAAGGCUCUGCAUUACUGCCACCCCAAAGCUCUGACCCGGGACACGUCGCAGAUGCCGCUGCUGAACCGCAGGGCUGGCUUCCCCGAGAACGUGGCCAUCUCCCUGAAGCGCCUCACCAAGGCCCUGCUGAACCAGGACAUCCAGGUGGGGAAGAGUGGCCACUCCUCGGUGGAAGAUGCCCGAGCCACCAUGGAGCUCUACAAGGUGGUGGAGGAGGAGUGGGAGCAGCACCUGCAGCAGAACCCAGACCAGAAGUGACACCCUGGGGGGCUCAGAGUGACACCCCCGGCCUGGUCCUGCCUUUGGGGGGGUCCCACAGUGACACCCCCAGAGUGACAGGCCCAGUCCUGCCUCUGGAGGGACCCACAAGUAAUGGCCUAGGCCUGAUCCUGCCUUUGGGGGGGACCCAGAGUGACACCCCCGGCCUGGUCCUGCCUUUGGGGGGGUCCCACAGUGACACCCCCAGAGUGACAGGCCCAGUCCUGCCUCUGGAGGGACCCACAAGUAAUGGCCUAGGCCUGAUCCUGCCUUUGGGGGGGACCCAGAGUGACACCCCCGGCCUGGUCCUGCCUUUGGGGGGGCUGCAAGUGACACUUCCAGAGUGAUACCAGAGUGACAGGCCCAGUCCUGCCUUUGAGGGGGCUCAGAGUGACACCCCUGGCCUGGUCCUACCUUUGGGGGGGUCCCACAGUGACACCCCAAGGCCGGUCCUGCCUCUGGGGGGGGUCCCACAGUGACACCCCCAGCACAGUCCUGCCUCUGGGGGGUCCCACAGUGACACCCCCAGCCCGGUCCUGCCCCUCGAGGGUCCCAUGAGCCCUGGGGGGCUGAGGAGGAGCCAGGUGUGAUGUCCGUGUCCCCAAGCCUGUCGUGCCUUGUGCCGCUGUCCCCAGGACGCAGGCAGGGCCCGGCCCGGUGCCUUCCCCCCCAGGGUGGGUUUCUGGGGUUCUGCACCCCCCGAACGCUUCGGGGCUGCUGCUGCUGAUCUGGGAGUGGCCUUGGGGCAGCCCGAGCGCAGCCGCCAUCCCUGGGGGGCUGGGAGUGGAGCGGGCUCCUUCCUCCCCCCAAAACUACCUCUGUGAGCGCCGGGAGCUGCCGCGACUGCGGCGGGACUCGGAUCCCUCUGCAAAGUCCCCGCUCCGCUCUGGCAGCUGCUUUAGGGUGGUGAAAUUCCACCUUUUUGUGCAAGGAGCGGAAUAAAGCCGGGCAUGGCCCCAUCCGCCUGCCCGAGCCCCCCGUGCUGCCCCGGGGGCGACCCCGGGGGUCCCGCGGGCGAGUUCCCCCCGAGGGCAUCCGUACCCUGGAGGCGCCCGAGCCUUGAUGGGAACUGCUUUGAA